AUGAAGCAGAAGAGAGCAAAGCAGUACCGCAAGCAGAUCCACCAGUAUAUCUCGACGUUUAAGUUCAAGCCACCGAUCCAGUGCAUAGUUGACGAUAACGUGAUUCUCGAGUGUGAGAGAACCAAGUUCGAUGUGAUUAAGGCGAUUUCCAGGACCGUCCAGACUGAAGUGAAGCUCAUGAUCACUCAAUGUUGCAUCAACCACUUAUAUGAGACUCGCAACCAGCCAGCUAUUGACAUUGCCAAGAAGAUGGAGAAGCGGCGCUGUAACCAUAAGGAGACCCAGAGCAGUAAAGACUGCAUAGGCUCAAUCGUUAACAUAGACGGCAAGAACAAGCACAGAUAUCUGGUGGUAACGCAGGACGAGAGACUGCGCCAGUCUCUGAGAACUGUGCCUGGUGUUCCCCUAAUUUACAUGAAGCGGUCGGUGAUGAUCAUGGAGCCGAUGUCGCCUGUUUCUGAACGGGUGGUCCAGGAGACAGAAGCCAGAAAACUGACGAGCUACUUGAACGAUCCGCGUGCGGGAGUGCAGGCGCACGUCGGAGAGGAAAAAAUAGAGGAGGAAGGGCCAGCACGAAAGAAACGCAAGGGUCCAAAGGGGCCGAAUCCUCUCAGUGUGAAAAAGCCAAAGAAGCCAAAGGAGCCAGAAGAAGGAGGCGGAAAACGGAAAAGAAAGCGGACGCAUAAGCGAGGCAGCAGGACAAACGAAUCUCCUGAAGCUGGCAACUCCGACGAAAAAGAAAACGUCGAAGUCUCACGCUCUGAGGAACCCAAAGAGAACGCUGAAUAG